GCUAAUUGAAAAGGAAUCGAAAAUAAAAACAAAUGCAAGAAAAUAUUAAAUGAAAUGUGUUUACACCGGAACAAGCCCCAAAGUGAAUACGACUUGUUCCUGUAACAUUCAGACGAUAAAUGGCCAAUAAAGCUGACAGCGCAGAGCUCAGAGAUACACAAGGAUAAGCCGCUGGGCUGCCCAUUACCAAUUGUCACAGGAGUCACAGCAUCAUGAAGAUAUUUCGAUUACGUUCGGUUAAGCUGCUGCUAGUUGGCUUCAUCAUUGUCAAUUUGGUGUUCUUCUAUUACACCUGGAACACGUUCCUCUGGCGGCGCAUCAGUCGCGCUCUGACGGGCGAGGACGCCGAUGCCAAGCCAAAGGGCGAAACGGCCCACGGACCGAAGCUCUCGCCAAAGGACAAGGCACGCAAUGCCAACAAGCACAUACGCAAGUCCAUAACAAUUGUGUUCUACGGGCACUACAAUUUCGAACAGGAUCUGCGGCCCAGCAUCGAUAGCAUAUUGGACGUGGUGCCCAAUAUGCCCAUUCUGGUGCUGCAGGAGGGCGCCGCCGAGUACGCCUAUCCGCCGAUCAGCUUUGAGCGCAACCUGACCAGCGGCGAGGAGCAGACCGUGCAUUUCAUGAGCUUGGCCUUCGAUGUGCGUCGCACGCGGGAGCAGCUGAAUCCACUCGCCGCCAUACACACCAAAUAUGCUCUGCUGAUGCCCGACAGCGUGCGGCUGAGCAGCAAGAAUCUGCUGCAGAAAAUCUUGCGAGAGAUGAACACAAAGUCGGGCAAAGGCCAGGCACAGCGGGUGACUGUUGCGCCGGAGGAGCAAGUGCGUCGUCUGCUCCUCAUACCAUUCGCCGGCAAUCCGAAAACCUUUAGCAGCUGUGCGAAGCUCAACUUGGACUUGCCCAAUUGGACCAUGGAAUUGGAAGCGCGCAAUGAUAGCACGCAUUGCGAUUUGUUUCUGCAGAAGCACGCAAUACUCAUUGACGUGGCAGCACUUGGCGCUAUGCCGGAACCUUUUGCCUUGCCCUUUCCGGAGAUGCUCUACGUGCAGGCAAAGAUUGCCAAUCUAACGACAAGUGUUUUCCCGCAAUCGUUUCUGGAGGGGCGCAGGCUGUUUGCCUCGUUCCACACGAAACAGCGACGCCUGGAGCUGCGCCGUCGUCAGUUCCGCGAGAUGUACAAGAAGCUGCAGAUCAAGCGCCUGGUUAGGCGCACUCACAAGCUGGGCGGCAAGGCCGCAGCCCGCGAGGGCAACUGGCAGCCGCACAGUCCAGUGCUGGACGCACAGUUCUCGUACUCCAACUUUAGUCUGCCGGCUGUCACGGAUAUCGAUUUGUUUGGCUGUGAGCGCACGACAAAGUCGUGCAUUGGCAGCGUCUACAACAGUCGCCCCUUCUACUACUAUCUGGGCAAGCACACGCCGCCCUGCUGCCUGGACAAGCUGAAGACCACCUUUAACCAUGUGCUCGAGGAGUUCGAGAAUGUGGGCAUACGCUACUGGCUGGACAACUAUGCGCUCAAAAGUGCCAUCGAGAGCAAUCAGCUCUCGCCGGACGCCUACGACAUAGACAUCAGCUUCAAUGUGCAGGACUUGGAGCGCUCGAAUGCCAUGAAGAAGUCGCAGAGCAAGCCGCACGUGGAUAACGAAGGCUUCUACUGGAUCAAGGCAACCGACGGCCACUACUUCCGCGUGCAGUUCUCCAAGGUGAACCAGGUGGGCGUCAACUUGCUGCCCUACGAGAUUAGCGGGAACGAGGUAAGAGCCAGCGGCUUCUUCGGCUGGAAGGCAGCCACCUUUGCCUCCGACUACUUGCAUCCCAUGUCGACGGUGCUCUUCCUCGGCAAGAGCAUCAUGUGCCCCAACAACGUGCUGGAGUACCUCGAGGCCAAGAACAUUAAGGUCAAAUCCGAUAGCCUGGCCCCCGAGGAGGAGUAG